AUGACGUCACAGACAGAGCAAGCUGUCAUUGGUCAGGAUGAGUUAAUGACCUCUGACCCCUGUAGUCGUCCAAUUGACAUCCUGCGCUGUCUCUCUCCCUCUCUGUCCUUUCCACUAACCCCCCUCCCCAGUCUCUUUCCAUCUCUGUCCUUUCCUCUAAUCCCACCCCCUCCCCAGUCUCUCUACCUCCUCUCUCUUUUUCUCUCGGUGACAGGUCUCUCCCUCCUCUCUCUUUUUCUCUCGGUGACAGGUCUCUCCCUCCUCUCUCUUUUUCUCUUGGUGACAGGUCUCUCCCUCCUCUCUCUUUUUCUCUUGGUGACAGGUCUCUCCCUCCUCUCUCUUUUUCUCUUGGUGACAGGUCUCUCCCUCCUCUCUCUUUUUCUCUUGGUGACAGGUCUCUCCCUCCUCUCUCUUUUUCUCUCGGUGACAGGUCUCUCCCUCCUCUCUCUUUUUCUCUCGGUGACAGGUCUCUCCCUCCUCUCUCUUUUUCUCUCGGUGACAGGUCUCUCUCUCCUCUCUCUUUUUCUCUUGGUGACAGGUCUCUCCCUCCUCUCUCUUUUUCUCUCGGUGACAGGUCUCUCUCUCCUCUCUCUUUUUCUCUCGGUGACAGGUCUCUCUCUCCUCUCUAUUUUUCUCUUGGUGACAGGUCUCUCCCUCCUCUCUCUUUUUCUCUCGGUGACAGGUCUCUCCCUCCUCUCUCUUUUUCUCUCGGUGACAGGUCUCUCCCUCCUCUCUCUUUUUCUCUCGGUGACAGGUCUCUCCCUCCUCUCUCUUUUUCUCUCGGUGACAGGUCUCUCCCUCUCUCUUUUUCUCUCGGUGACAGGUCUCUCCCUCCUCUCUAUUUUUCUCUUGGUGACAGGUCUCUCCCUCCUCUCUCUUUUUCUCUCGGUGACAGGUCUCUCCCUCUCUCUUUUUCUCUCGGUGACAGGUCUCUCCCUCCUCUCUCUUUUUCUCUCGGUGACAGGUCUCUCCCUCCUCUCUCUUUUUCUCUCGGUGACAGGUCUCUCCCUCUCUCUUUUUCUCUCGGUGACAGGUCUCUCCCUCCUCUCUCUUUUUCUCUCGGUGACAGGUCUCUCCCUCCUCUCUCUUUUUCUCUCGGUGACAGGUCUCUCCCUCCUCUCUCUUUUUCUCUCGGUGACAGGUCUCUCCCUCCUCUCUCUUUUUCUCUCGGUGACAGGUCUCUCCCUCCUCUCUCUUUUUCUCUCGGUGACAGGUCUCUCUCUCCUCUCUCUUUUUCUCUCGGUGACAGGUCUAAAUUAAAUGUGGAUCUUUCACUUCGGCCUCUGUUGCACAGCUACACAGCUACAAACCAAGGGUCACGGCAACCUCUCUCUUUCAUUCCCUCAAUCUUUUCAUUCUUCUCAUCUACCUGCAAACACACACACACUGUAAGGGAAAGUGAGAAGGCAGGUGUGUGUGUUUGUGUCAACAAGAAACCAGCAGUCACAUCAUACCAACAUCUAUCUUCUGUAUGAAAACAAUCUAUUUCUUUACCAGCUUGUUUGGUUUCGCUUUGUGAACUGGUCACAUGUUGGUGAAUGUCCCAAACCCUUCACCCUUUUCUAUAGCCUAGUGGUUAGAGCAUUGGACUAGUAACCGAAAGGUUGCAAGAUCAAAUCCCCGAGCUGACAAGGUACAAAAUCUGUCGUUCUGCCCCUGAACAGGCAGUUAACCCACUGUUCCUAGGCCGUCAUUGAAAAUAAGAAUUUGUUCUUAACUGACUUAGUAAAUUAAAGGUAAAAUAAAAUAUGGUCAAAAGUAGUGCACUAUAUAGAGAAUAGGUUACAUUUGGGAUGCAGACGUUAUCUGAACAUGUAGAGUAGAAUAUUCUGUGCCUAUAAUUUUGUUAUUAUUCAUCUGUAAAUGUAUUUCUAUGUUAUUGUCAUUUUACAUGACCUGUACUACUGAUUUAAAGGUUCCCCGGGCAGAAAGGAGGGAUGGAGAGGAGGGAUGGAGAGGAGUGAUGGAGGGAUGUAGGGAUGGAGAGGAGUGAUGGAGGGAUGUAGGGAUGGAGAGGAGGGAUGGAGAGGAGGGAUGGAGGGAUGGAGAGGAGUGAUGGAGGGAUGGAGAGGAGUGAUGGAGGGAUGUAGGGAUGGAGAGGAGGGAUGGAGAGGAGGGAUGGAGGGAUGGAGGGGAGUGAUGGAGGGAUGGAGAGGAGUGAUGGAGGGAUGGAGGGAUGGAGAGGAGUGAUGGAGGGAUGGAGAGGAGUGAUGGAAGCAGGGGAAGUGUUUGAGAUGUUCUAGAAGACAUUUUGGAAUCUUUCUGUCCCUCGUCUCUUGGGGCGGCAGGGUAGCCUAGUGGUUAGAGCGUUGGACUAGUAACCGGAAGGUUGCGAGUUCAAACCCCCGAGCUGACAAGGUACAAAUCUGUCGUUCUGCCCCUGAACAGGCAGUUAACCCACUGUUCCCAGGCCGUCAUUGAAAAUAAGAAUUUGUUCUUAACUGACUUGCCUGGUUAAAUAAAGGUAAAAUUAAAAU